CUUCACAGCUUACUUGUCAUCUUUCGGGAGCUCCUUGUUCCAACGAACAGCGCAAGGCAUACAUUAAACCCAUCUGACCGGCCCUUUCUCUACACUCCAACUCUAUCUCAAGAAUCAGCCUUGUCCGUUUUCUUGAAUAAUCGAUCUACUACUACAACCUCCACACACAAACAGUAAGAUGGGUGUACGUUGCGGCCAGCUCCUUGGCUGCCCCUCCAUGCCCCGCUGCGUCAUAAUUGGGCUGACAUGUCUGAAAUAGCUCGCAUCGAAAAUGCAAGCGAUGAACGCUGCUUCUGGUGGCUACCCUGGCCAGCCACAGUAUCAAGCAUAUCCAGGUGCCCAAGGUGCCGGUGCUCCCGGGGUAAGCCCAAAAAGCUCCUUCUUUCUCUUGUCACUUGCUCUGCGUCGUCAUCGCCCAUUCCCUACCCGCCACCUAAGACUAGGCAUUCGCAAACCUUUUACCUAGUCUCCACUCUGUUUUUGGCUCCCAACUGCAAUAAACCCCGCGCCCGCCUGGAACAAAUCCACUCUGGACUUGACGCGCCACACUUUGCUCCUGGACCUAGCCACACAUGCCUCUAUCAAGCAAAAUGGCCUCUAGCUACAGCGCCUAUCAGCCCAACGCCGGGCAGGCGCCAAAUCCUUAUGCGCAGCAGCAACAGCCUGCACCUCCUAUGCCCCCGCGUCCUGGUUCGUACGCGCCGCCACAGUCACCAUUUGCGCAACCAACAGCUCCAAAUUCCUAUGGCACAUCUUCACCGUAUCCUCAAGGACAGUCGGGGUAUAGCAGGCCUCCUCCGCCACCACCAGGACAACAGCCUCAAUCUCCAUAUCCCCAGGCGCAGUCUCCGUAUCCUCAAUCACCAUUUCCCCAGUCGCCACAGUCAAAUCAGGCGCCUCCAGCGCAGUGGAAUCAACCCCAGGUUCCACCGCCCUAUGGACAACCACCUCCUCAACAGUACCAGCAGCAAAACCAAUGGGGCCAACCACAACAACCCACUUACGGACAGCCGCCGCAGCAGUAUAGCCAACCUUACGGCCAACAGCCCCCUUAUCAGCCAAAUGUUCGUACUAAUCUAGACUUUCUCGAUUUUUUGUCUCCACCCUUGAAUUUUCAAUACGUACGAGCAGAGACGCAGAGCUAGUGAUAUUUGUUCAAAGUUAUAUACAUACUAACAUAAUGUCAGGGUGGUCCUCCAGGACAGCCUCCGCAGGGCCAGUAUGGC